AUGGCCCUACAGCGAAGGUUUCUCCGGUUCUAUAAUAGUUAUGUGUUCAGUACCAGGAUGAAUACGAUAGCAUCAUGCCUUCAAACAGUAAGAUUUAACCAUAGUAAAAGUGACAUUAUGGAACAUAGAGCUAAAGUUAUGAGCAAAGGGUUACCAGAGAAAAAACCCCUACCUGGUGUAAAGAGUAUCAUACUUGUAGCUUCAGGGAAGGGAGGUGUUGGAAAAACUACCACAGCUGUGAACCUAGCAUGUGCUAUGAAAGUAAUAGAACCGGACAAGGAAAUAGGGCUCUUAGAUGCUGAUGUGUUUGGUCCUUCAGUACCAUUGAUGAUGAAUAUCAGUGGAGAACCAAUGCUUAAUGACGAUCAUCUCAUUGAACCUUUACUUAAUUAUGGUGUUAAAUGUAUGUCAAUGGGUCUAUUAGUGUCUGGCGAGAAUGCUGUAGUGUGGCGCGGCUUAAUGGUGAUGCAAGCACUGGAACGUCUGACGCGACACGUGGCGUGGGGUCCACUUGACUGUCUCGUUGUAGAUACGCCGCCUGGUACAGGCGAUACACAUUUAUCGCUUGCGCAAAACUUGCCUUUAGAUGGAGCAAUAGUAGUAACAACACCCCAAUCAGCCGCAUUGCAAGUAACUAAAAGAGGCAUAAAUAUGUUCGAGAAAUUAAAGGUUCCUAUUAUAGGUAUUGUCGAAAACAUGUCGCACGCCAUUUGUUCUCAAUGUGGAACAAAAAAUUUUAUUUUUGGGAAUGAUACCAAAAAAUCUGCUGCAGAUAUGGGUCUUGAGAUUAUUGAAAGUUUUGAAGUAGAUCAAAAUAUGUCAGAUUGUAUAAACAGCGGGAAGCCAGCGAUUUACGCCCUCCCAGACAGCAUACACGCAGAGAAAUACAGACACCUUGCUAAUAAAGUUUUUAAAUAUAUAGAUGAUAAGGAAAACCACAGAGCAAAAGCCAAAGAACAAUGAGACUACAUGGGUACAUUUACAUAGUACAUUCAACUUUAUUUUAAAAAUUAUACAAAAUAUAUUACUACUCAAGUCUGACUUAAACGAUUACAAAAUGAUGUACAACACCGUUCAAAUGAAAUAUUAUGUGAUAUUAUGUAAAAUUUAUUCGGAACAUAUCUCAAGGAUCUUAGUAUGGCUGUGUCCAAAUACUAGCUUAAAUUAAUAAUAAUAAUAAUAAGAAAUACAAAAAUAUUGCAUCUUUUUUUUCAUUCCUAAUUAAAAGUGCAAACAGUUUCGAGAAGGAUAAGAUAAACUCGUUUCAUACCAUACAAAGUUCAUUUGUCUGUAGGCAGUUGGCAUGCUUUAGUCAAUAUUUACACAGAAGAUAUAUUCCGUCAUUAUGAUAGAAAAUACAUAGACAAUCAGUGGAGGGAAGUGAAAGUUAAAAGACUCCAUUAUGGCAAUCUAUAAGUACAAAAUAGAUAUUUACAAAACAUUACAUUAUAAUUAUUAGGUAGAAGAAAUUUCUAAUGAAGCUUUACACUUUUAACAAAUGAAGCAAAUAAACUCAGUCAAAUUACGUACACUUGCAUUCGACCAAAAUUGAACGUGCACAGAGAUAUAUAACUCACUUGAAUAAUAAUGAAUUAAAUGUCUUAAAAAAAAUUGAAUUUUGUUUCUUAAUCACAACCAACAUUGGCGUAAAUUAAUUCUCAGUGAACGUCAACCUUUAAUAUCACUAAUGGGGUAGGAAG